AUGUCGAAACCAAUCUGGGAGACAAACUUCACCUCAACGUACCACCAAAAAUCCUACCCCUCGAUCUCACCAUCCCGCCCCGAGCUGUCCGCCGCCGGGAAGACAGUCUUCGUCAGCGGCGGCGCCCGCGGCCUCGGCAUCGGCAUCGUCGAGGCCUUCGCGACGGCAGGAGCAGCGCACAUCAUCAUCCUGGGCCGCAGCACCGCGACCCUGCAGGAGGUCGCGGAGCGCACGGGGGCCGCCUACCCCUCGACCAAGAUCUCCACCGUCUCGGGCGACGUGUCCCGCGAGGAGGACGUCGCGCGCGCCUUCGCCGGCGCAGGCGGCCCCGUGGACGUCGUCGUCGCCAACGCGGGCUACCUGCCGGCCGUGGGGCCCAUCGCCGCCAGCGCCGGCGGGGAGGGCCGCGCCGGCGACUUCACCGAGGACUGGUGGAGGGCCUGGGAGGUCAACGUGAAGGGGCUGUUCCUGCUCGCGCGCCAGUUCCUCGCCUCCGCGCGCCCCGGUGGUGUCUUUGUCAACAUCUCGGCCGGCGCUGCCCACAUCAACCCCACGCUGCAAGGGUUCUCCGGGUACUCUGGGAGCAAGAUUGGUGCGGCGCGCGUGGUCGAGACGCUCCAGCUUGAGAACCCCGGGCUCCGCUUCUACAACGUCCACCCUGGGGUUGUUGAGUCGGACAUGCUGACCAAGUCUGGGCUUGGGGCACUGGGCGUGCCUGUUGAUGAGCCUGACCUGGCCGGGCACUUUGUCAAUUGGGUAGCGAGCGCCGAGGGUGAGUUCUUGAGAGGUAAGUACUUGUGGGUGAACUGGGACGUUGACGAACUCAAGGCGAGGAAGGAGGAGCUUCGUGCACCGAGAAAACUGGUCACUGGUCUUGUCGGCUGGGCUUGA